CACACAACUUUCUGCCGAGUCAUCGGGACAGACACGCAUCUCCGCCCGGGACUGCGCGCUUCUCUCCGGGUCCACUCAUCACCUUCAUCGUCACAGGACAGGACUGAGAUGUCAGGCGCGGUGAAAGAUGGACCGAGAGCACCGGGUCAGAGGUCUGAAAGGAUCCGCGUCUCCAUCAAAAGUCUCACGGGGAGCAAAGACUUCACCGUUAGAGGAGGCUGCACCGUCAGACAGCUGAAAUGGGGUCUAGCAGAGCGCCUGGGAGUCCCUGUAGAGCAGCUGGUGCUGAGCCACUCCGGCCGCGUCCUCAAAGAGUCAGAGCUCCUGAGUCACCUUAAAGUCCAGGAUGAGACAGUCAACCUCUGCAUGAUCCAAAGGCCUCAGCAUCCAUGUGAUGCGCCCACCUGUGAUCCAGCUUCAGAAAUCCAGUCUGAGCUCACAGCUGUUCUUGAUCCGGACCCUGAUAGCUUCAGACUGUCUCCCACCUCUCCCCUCUGUCUGGUGGAAGGUCUUGACAGGCUUGGCCUAACAAACAGCGGCCCUGGUUUCGUCCCCGCACUGCAGCUCCAGAUGGCGAACCAGCUGUUGGCUGACCAGCAGGUGAGGCGCCGUGGCGUGGGCAGCCGCAUCGUGCAGACCACCCUGUCCAACUCCAGCCCUAAACCAACCAGACAGCUCAUUCUGUCUAAUCCCCAAAUUCAGCAGCUCCUGCAGACAAACCCAGAGGUGGGAGAUAUGCUGAACAACACAGAUGUCAUCACACAGGUGCUGGAGCUCGUCAGGAACCCAGAUUUGAUCGAGGAAGUGAUGAAUAAUGAAGACAGAGCAUUAGGCAAUUUGCAGCCAGAGCAGGCUGACCCUAGAAGCAUCAGUAACGACCCCGGUGGGUUUGAGAAGACCGACACAGAAAGUCUCAACUUAUCACAGAUCCAUAUGAGAGCACCCCCAGUGGUGACUGCAUCAUCUGGGACUCAACAUCCAGCUGAGGGAGACAGCGAGCAGACUCUACCCAUCUCCAGUGACUCCACAGAUACUCUCGGAGAACAGACCGCCACGCCCAGAGCUGAUCCAAACCCUCAGAGGACUGUUACUGCAGGCUUGCAGUCACUGCUGGAGGAAAUCACUUCCAGUCCAGGACUGAUGGAGAAUCUGCUGUCUGGGCCGUACGUUAGCAGUCUCCUCAACUGCCUCGGCCAGAACCCCGACCUGGCUACACAGAUGCUGCUGAGCCACCCUUUGUUCUCAGGAAAUCCUCAACUGCAGCAACAGAUGAGACAGCAGAUCCCUCUCUUCCUGCAACAGAUGCAGAGUCCAGAGCUGCUGUCAGCCAUGUUGAACCCCAGAGCCAUGGAGGCUCUGCUACACAUCCAACAGGGCCUACAGACUCUGGCUGCGGAGGCUCCUGCACUGAUACCUACGGCUGUAAACACCGGAGUCAGUGUUAAUGCUGCCCCUGAGCUAAACUCAGACUCUGUCCCCAACAGCCAACCAGGAGGGGGUCCUCAGGUUGCCACGGUGACAGAGCAGCAGCAGCAGCAGUUUGUACAACAGAUGCUACAGGCGCUGGCUAACGCCAAUCAUGAGGUCAGCAAUGAGGAGGCCGAGUUUCGGGACGAGUUGGAGCAUCUGAGCUCGAUGGGCUUCAGAGACAGAGAGGCAAACCUUCAGCUCCUCAUCAGAACUGGAGGAGACCUCACCACUGCCAUUCAGCAUCUGCUCCAUCUCUGACACACGCAAACACACGCACGUUGAUCUUUGCACAUACACAUACGUACAUAAGUGAAUGCACAUCCAUAUUACAUAUAAGCUACAUGUAGCUUAUAAAUGAUUAAAAAGUGCUGUACUAAAAACAAAUAUAUAAGAAACAUGCAAGCCAUAUUUAUAUUGUUGCACUCACAAAAAUUCACUUAUAUUCCUCCAUAACUUCCCUUACUAACCUCGUGCUGCAGUAGUAAAUUAAAUGACGUCCUAGCUUAAUAGUCACUCUUAAACUUGAAUACACUUGACACUUAUUUUUCCUUUUUGAAUAGAGAGUGCCAUAUGCUUUACAGACUGUAAAGCCCCCUGAAGCAAAUGUGUGAUUUGUGAUAGUGUGCAUGAAUGAGAAAUCAUAUACAUAUACAGCCAGAGUCAGUGCUUUGGGCUAAUAUUAGGGUAGAUACAUAAGAAUACAAUCACUUUCACUCUGUCAGAGACUAUUGAUGUGUGCACUUCAUGUAGAACAAUGAGUAGACUUUGUACCUAUUUGUACCUAUUUGUACAUAUUUGCGUAGUGCGUGGGUAGUGCUAAUGCACUUACUAAAAAUGACAAUAACAACAUUUAACUUUGCUUUAAUGUCAAAUUGUAGCAGGAUAGAACAUUACCGACAACAUUUCACUUGUGGUUCGCAAAAAAUCUUCCUGCUUGUUUGCUUGUCCACCAAGAUGGUGAC